AUGACGUCCACCACAAUGCGCGGCCAUUGCAAUUGCAAGCGCAUCAACAUCACCAUCGCCGACAAGCCUCCAUCAGAGCUCAACACCGCCGUCUGCCACUGCCGUAACUGCCACCGUCAAGGCGGCUCGAUCAUCAUGCUCCUCGCCACGGACGACGUCGUCAUCGAGGGCGAAAUCAAGGCGUACGUCGAUCACGACACAGACUCCGGCCAACCCGUAACGCGGUACUUCUGCGACAACUGCGGAACACCCGUGAUCUCGACGACGCCAGUGUAUGAGGGUAAACGCAUCGUCAAAAUGAAUCUCUUCGAUGACUUUCCAGCACCACAAGUCGAGAUUUUCACGCGCUCCCGACGAUCAUAUCCUGCGCCGAUCGAAGGCGCUCUGGUGACGUUCCCAGGAAAUGCGGAGGCUCCGGCGCAAAGUUGA